CCAUUCGGUGCCGGUAAUUAGUGCUAUACCACAAUAGCUAAUGGUGUAUAAAGCUGAUACAGGAUGCAAUGGGUUAAACAAGUAAACGGCGGUAGAUUUGGAUCCAGGUUAAGGACUGGGGAUUCUGAGUGAGCUGACUCUGGUUACUAAGGAAGCCUAAAUAGCGGCAACAUAUAAUUCACUUACUGCCUCACUGAUAAAAUUAUACGCUCACCAUGGCAGGCCAGCCGGAGGAUCCUUCUCUUGAAAGACAUUUUAAAGGCCACAGAGAUACAAUAACAAGUGUGGAUUUCAAUCCCAACAUGAAGCAACUUGCAAGUGGUUCAUUGGACUCCUGUCUGAUGAUCUGGAACAUGAAGCCCCAAAUGAGAGCUUACCGAUUCGUAGGCCAUAAAGAUGCAAUCAUGUCUGUUAAUUUUUCACCUUCUGGUCACCUUGUUGCCUCUGCCUCCAGGGAUAAAACUGUUCGCUUGUGGGUUCCCAGUGUGAAAGGAGAAUCUACAGUCUUCAAAGCCCAUACAGGAACUGUACGGUGUGUUAGUUUUUCCAGUGAUGGACAAUCGUUGGUCACGGCUUCUGAUGACAAAACUGUCAAAGUGUGGACUGUUCAUAGACAGAAAUUUCUGUUUUCGUUAAACCAGCAUAUAAACUGGGUGCGAUGUGCCAAAUUUUCUCCUGAUGGAAGGCUUAUAGUUUCAGCAAGUGACGACAAAACUAUAAAGCUCUGGGACAAAACAAGCAGAGAAUGUAUACAUUCUUUUUGUGAGCAUGGAGGGUUUGUUAACUUUGUGGAUUUUCACCCGAGUGGCACUAGCAUUGCUGCUGCUGCAACGGACAACACAGUGAAGGUCUGGGAUAUUCGCAUGAACAAGCUGAUUCAGCAUUACCAGGUACACAGCGGUGUUGUGAAUUGCCUGUCUUUUCACCCAUCUGGAAAUUAUCUUAUCACGUCUUCAAAUGACUCAACACUCAAAAUCCUUGAUUUGCUGGAAGGACGCUUACUGUACACGCUUCAUGGUCACCAGGGUGCAGCUACGAGCGUUAACUUUUCAAGAGAAGGUGACUUCUUUGCUUCGGGCGGAUCAGAUGAACAAGUUAUGGUUUGGAAAACAAACUUUGAUUCUGGCAGUUACACAGACCUCCUGAAAUACAAGCAACGUGACGGCUCAGUAAAUGUUCCUGAUUACAAAUCAAAUCUUGCUCCUCAGUCGGAAAGAAAUGAACAAACAUUUGAAUCUACAGGAAUAGAAAAUAUUAACUUUCGGGUAAACAAAGAAGAAAAGCAUCGUCCUCAGUCCUAUUCUACCAACAAACAUCAGCAGCCAGAAGAAGAUGGCAAUGUCCGCACGAUUACAAAUACGUUAGAGCAUAUAGUCGGACAGUUAGACGUUCUUACUCAGACCGUAGCCAUUUUGGAGCAAAGACUUUUCCUAACAGAAGAAAAAUUGAAAGAAUGCAUUGAAAAUCAGCAGUUAGCUUCCCCAAGAAGUCACGCGUAUUCAAAGAAGACAGUUUGAAGUGACUGACAAACAAUUCAACUAUUUUUUUUAAAUGGGUUUUAUGUGUGUAAAUAUAUUUAUAUAUACAUGAGAAUAAUUUUAUUUUAAUAAAAUGCUUUGAAAUAAAACAAGAAAAUUCCUUUCAA